AUGGGCGCCCCGCCCCCACUCUCUCCCCAUCAUCCAAUCCGGGACUCUCCUUCAUCCCCCCUCUCCCGAGUCCCAUCCCUCCUCGAUGAUGGACGAUCGUAUGAGCAUCCAAGGAAUCAGACAAUCCUGAACAGAGAGACCGAAACGAGUCCUGUGUCGUGCGAGUGCGAGAAUUCUCGGGUCAGGGCCGUCACCAUGUUGGUACCGGCGGAUAUGAUGAUGGCUCAAAGCAAGCUACUGUAUCAACUGAAUCGAUACAUCGGAGAACGGGUGGCAGCUCGACAGGCGAAUAUCGCCAAAACCAUCCGAGAAGUGGCAAAAGUCGUUCAAGACGUCCUGAAGGAAGUAGAAGCCCAGGAGCCAAGAUUCAUUUCAUCUUUAGCCGAAGUGAACGGACAUUUCGAGGGUCUCAUCGUGAACUCCCCAAUGGAAUUCGAAGUCGUCCUGUAUCUCAACCAGAUGGGGGUGUUCAAUUUCGUGGACGAUGGCUCCGUACCCGGUUGUGCAGUGCUGAAGCUGAGUGAUGGGAGAAAAAGGAGCAUGUCCCUGUGGGUGGAAUUCAUCACAGCAUCUGGUUACUUGUCUGCGAGGAAAAUCCGUUCCCGUUUUCAGACUCUAGUGGCGCAAGCAUGCGACAAGUGUGCAUACCGGGAGAUGGUGAAAAUGGUGGCCGAUACGACGGAGGUGAAACUCCGGAUCCGGGAGAGAUAUGUGGUCCAGAUCACCCCAGCUUUCAAAUGUUCCGGGGUCUGGCCCCGAUCUGCAGCACACUGGCCACCGACUCAUCUCUGUUGGCCACCGCCUCAGCUGGUGGCCGAGGUGAAAACGGAGGGCUUCGAUCUUCUGAGCAAGGAAAGUCUCGCUUUGGCUGGGAAACAGAGUAGCAUGGAGGGAGAUGCUUGGGUCAUCAGCUUCCACGAGGCCGAGACGAGACUUCUAUAUGGAGGAUGCCGACGACGAUGCUUAUCCAUCUUGAAGACCCUGAGAGAUCGACAUCUCGACCUUCCAGGGAACCCGGUGUCAGGGUAUGUGAUGAAGACGCUGCUGCUAUACGAAUGCGAAAAGCAUCCACGAGAGCUGGAAUGGGAUGAAAGCGGUCUGGGUGAUCGACUGGAUGGGAUCUUGCUUCAACUCAUCUCUUGCCUCCAAUGUCGAAGAUGCCCGCACUACUUCCUACCGUCGUUGGAUCUCUUCAAGGGCAAAAGCCCAGGGAGCUUGGAAAACGCAGCUAAGCAAGCCUGGCGACUCAAGAGGGAACUUCUUACCAAUCCUCGAUCCUUGGAGAAACUCUGAGAACAUCCAAGGUUAUACCCCAACUGUGAUUCUCUCCUCACAUAUUCUCUUGUAAAGAAGUUAUCGGUGUGUUCGGAGGAAGACGAAACUCAGUGCAGGAAAUUCUCCCAGUGCUUUGAGUAGACCUAAGUCCUCAAAGAGAUGAAAAUCUAAACUUGAACUUUGCAAUCCGGUGUUAUCCCAGUGCAAGCACCAAGUCAGUCGGCGUUAUGACCCUCAAGUCUCACGUUGACGAUCCACCAAAGCAUACUCUGGGUUUAUCAUGAUAAGUUCGGAUUUUUCUUUCCUACACGUGACACUGAAAUGGACAACGAGAAAUCUUCAGUAGAACCAUGUGUAGCCUAUAUCCUCUCAUCC